AUGGAACGAUUGCAACAACUAAUGCGAGGAAUGGGACCAGGAGGUCUAGGCGGAGGUGCUGGAUCAGAUGCACCCACUCCAGAUUGUGCCGAGAAGGUUCAUAUUUCCUCCCUGGCGUUAUUGAAGAUGCUCAAACAUGGGCGUGCCGGUGUUCCAAUGGAAGUGAUGGGCCUCAUGCUGGGUCAAUUCGUGGACGAUUACACCAUCAACUGCGUGGACGUCUUUGCCAUGCCGCAGUCCGGAACCACUGUGAGUGUCGAAUCCGUGGACCACGUCUUUCAAACCAAAAUGUUGGACAUGCUCAAGCAGACGGGCCGACCCGAAAUGGUGGUGGGUUGGUAUCACUCCCAUCCAGGAUUUGGCUGCUGGCUUUCGUCCACGGAUAUCAACACGCAAUCCUCCUUUGAAGCCCUCAAUAGUCGGGCCGUCGCUGUCGUCGUAGAUCCCAUUCAGUCCGUCAAGGGCAAGGUGGUCAUUGACUGCUUUCGUUUGAUCAACCCGCAACUCAUGAUGUUGGGCCAAGAACCACGUCAAACUACCAGCAACAUUGGACACUUGCAAAAGCCAUCCAUUCAGGCGCUCAUUCAUGGAUUGAAUCGUCACUAUUAUUCCAUCGUCAUUGAUUAUCGCAAGAAUGAACUGGAGGAACAAAUGCUCAUGAAUUUGCACAAGCGCAAUUGGACGACUGGUUUGUCCUUGGAGAAAUUUGAAAAUCAUCAGCAAUCCAAUGAGGAGCAUGUUCAGAAAAUGUUGCAGCUCACCAAGGAUUACAACGAACGAGUAAAAGAGGAAGAGGGGAAGACUACGGCGCAAAUUCUAGUGGACAAUGUGGGAAAGGUUGAUCCCAAACGUCACUUGGAGACUUCUGUUGCCGAUCUAAUGAGUUCCAACAUUGUGCAAUGUUUGGGAACCAUGUUGGACACUGUUGUCUUUUAA